GUCCGCGAAUCCAACGGGAGAAGUCCAAGACGACGGAAAAGAGAAGAGAGACUAGACUAAACACCUCGCCGUAGCUGAACAAGUGCUGAACAUUGCCUUUAGAGUUUAAAACAACUUCAACAACUCAUUACUACAUUCAAUGGAAAGGUUGUCCAUGAGGAAUCGCUCCGCUGUCGGCCGUUUCCCAGAGGUCACUCUCAGCUGGGAAGAUGAGCCGGACAAGGAGGGGCUGGUGAAGGAGGAGGAGGAGAAGCAAGAGGGGGCGUGUCGACGAUGGUUCCGGAAAGCGUGCCCCUGCUGUUGCCGCAAAUCGAGUGAUUCUGACGACGAGCCAGACGUAGUUGUGCCCAAACCCACAGAGAAUGGUGGGGGGGAGAAACCUUCAGUAGGAGGACAAGAACUAGAUGUACUUUUACUUUCAGUAAGCUCUGUAGACCUCCUCAAGUCAAAGACAGGGCAAAAUCGCAGAGAACAUCAUACAGAUAGUUUCCAUGGCAAUGACCUCAUCAUCCGUCGAGGACAGUCCUUCUUGAUGUGGAUUGAAUUCUCACGACCCUACGACCCCAAUACAGACAAGCUGCACUUGGAGUUAAAGACAGGUAAUCUGCCCACUGUGUCCAAGGGCACUCACGUUAUCAUCCCUCUGGUGGAGGAGCUGGAGGAUGACCGCUGGGAGUGCAAGGUUAUCGAGAAGGACGGCAACCGCGUCAAACUGUCCGUCAACUCUUUACCGUCCGCCGCCAUCGGCCAAUACGAGCUCACCGUGGUGACCUACAGCCCCAAAGGCGAGGCCAUGUCAACACACGACUCUGCCAAUGACAUCUACAUCCUGUUCAACCCCUGGAAUGAAGAUGAUGCUGUGUACAUGGACAAUGAGGAUGAGAGGAAGGAGUACGUGUUGAAUGACGUGGGGAGGAUUUACUACGGGACGGAGAGCCAGAUCGGGGCCAGGACGUGGAACUUUGGGCAGUUUGGUGAAGGGAUGCUGGCAGCCUGCCUGUACGUUCUGGAGAAGAGUGGAGUCCCUGCCUCUGGAUUGGGAGACCCAGUGAAUGUCGUUCGAGUGGUUUCUGCUAUGAUUAACUCACCGAAUGACGGGGGUGUUCUGGAAGGGAACUGGUCAGGGAGCUACGUGGGUGGGACGUCUCCGACAGCGUGGAGUGGCAGUGUGGACAUCCUGAAGCAGUACCACAGCUCCAAAGGAACUCCGGUCCGCUAUGGCCAGUGCUGGGUCUUCUCUGGGAUCACCACCACAGUGUUGAGAUGUUUCGGAAUCCCCACCCGCAGCGUCACCAACUACAACUCUGCCCACGACACAGACAUCUCCUUGACAACAGAUGUCUACUUUGACGAGAACUUUGAACCCCUGGACAGUCUCAACGCUGACUCUGUGUGGAACUUCCACGUGUGGAACGACUGCUGGAUGGCUCGUACGGACCUGCCCUCUGGGAUGGGCGGAUGGCAGGUGGUGGACUCAACCCCUCAGGAGACCAGCCAGGGGCUUUUCCGCUGUGGCCCAGCCUCGGUCAACGCCGUGCGGGACGGGCAGGUCUUCCUCAAGCAUGACGCACCCUUCGUCUUUGCAGAGGUGAACAGUGAUAAGAUCUACUGGCAGAGAAAUGCGGACGGCACCUUCACUCAGAUCCACUCGGAGAAGAACGCCAUCGGCCACUUCAUCAGCACCAAGGCAGUGGGCUCAGACGAGCGUGCCGACAUCACACACCUCUACAAACACCCUGAAGGCACAGCAGAGGAGCGCAAAGCUGUGGAGACGGCCUCUCGGUAUGGCUCCAAGCCCGAGGUCUACUCCUCGACCGCCAUCGAGGAUGUUGACAUUCAGGUCACCAUGGACGGAGAAGGCCCACGGAUGGGCGCUGACGCCGAGCUGUCGAUCAUCCUACGUAACUCCAGCAGCCAGGCGCGAACUUUGACCCUGCACAGCCAGGUGUACGUCAUGUACUACACCGGCGUGGUCCGUGCCACCGUGAAGAAGGACCAGACCCCUGUGGAAUUGGCACCAGCAGAAGUCCAGACACUGGAAUGGGUCCUUCCAUACCAGGUUUACCAGGACCAGCUGGUGGACCAGGCAGCACUGAUGCUGAUGCUGUCCGGGCAGGUCCAAGAGACCGGCCAGGUGCUGGCCACUCAGUUCAACUUCCGCCUGCGCACCCCAGACCUCACCAUCACACCUAUAGGGGAUGCUGUUGUGGGAAAGCAGAUGACAGCCAAGAUCACUUUCACCAACCCACUGCCCAUGACACUGAAGAAUGUCAUCAUUAGAGUGGAGGGUCUGGGCCUGCAAAGCAUACACAAGAUCACUGUUGGUGAUGUGGUAGGCCGUGGCGUGAUGACCCUAACAGAGCGGUUUAUCCCAACGCUUGCUGGCCCCCGGAAACUGGUAGCAUCUCUGGACUGCAGGCAGCUCACACAGGUGCAUGGUGUUGCUGACGUUGUGGUGAAGGAGAUUUAAGGGUCAACCCCAAGAGGACAAUCUCAGAUUUGUGUGACUCCACAGACCAGGGUGGCAACGGUCCAAAGGGUUGUACAGACCAAUCAGGACCUCCCCUCCAAAAUGACAGCAAGUAUUCCCCUGAAGACCAAGAGAAAUGAACAUCUCUUGAAUGCUUGAAUUUGAAGUUGAAAGCAUGUACAAUAAUGUAAUAGAUGUCUCUAGUUUUACAUGAUACUUUCAGUUUUGUAUGUCAAUGUUUAUUUAUUUUUUCACUAUAUUGUAUUAAUAUAAUUGCUUUAUUUAUAAUUAGUUCCACUGUGUCAAUAUAUUUAUUUGAUUUAAUUACAGUGGAACAGAGAAAUAUGUCUAUUUCCUCUUGAUUUUAGUCAAUUGGUUUGGAAGAUUUUGUUAUUUAAACAGAACUAGGGGAAGAUGAAGAACUCAGUAUUAUGAAGUCGGAAAAGUUAGACUUGUAUCUCUCUUUCACUUAAGCCAUUUUCUUUCUUUUAUAUGUGGUAUAUUUCACCAACUAUCCAGAAUACAUGAAAUUAUAUAUCACAAUUGCGCAAUUGUGCUAUAUUGCAUGUUUGUAUGCAAUAUUGAAUUUAUGUAACAUAUUUAUUGUUGUUUUUUACCUACUGUUUGUACAAUUUUAUACUUUGAUAAUUGAGCACUUUUAAAUGAAUCAGUAUGCUAUAUGAAUAAAAUUCCCUUGUCUUUAUA